GUCUGUUUGUCUUGUUUUAUGGUGGCUCCUGCCGCGUUGACAGCGUCUUGCUCGUCGCGGCGGGUUCCUGUACAACCAUUUGAGCUUUUGUCUCUCUUCUCUCUCACGCAGUUGUUUAGCUGCGGAAAUAAUAAUCGAACAAAGAAGCAAAGAACGCUGCGUUGUUUUAAAUUGUUGUUAUUACUCACAGAUCCACAGAAAUAGGGAAGAGAAACGCUGCGGCGCAUUUUUUUUUGUUUCUUCUUUCUCUUUAUUUAUUUUUCUUUCUUUGAACUGACUUGCGAAGAAGCCCCUACCUCCAUGUUUCGUCGUAGCUACGCCCGCCUCUUCUCGCAUCUCGUCCGCGAGGUGGACACGGCUGGCUUUGCUGGUGACUUCCGUCGCCUCGGCCACGUCAACGCGGCCAGCACUCGGAAAACAGCGAAAGAGGCGGUCCAAGCCGGCUGCAACGUUCUCUUCUGUGGACAUCACCGCACCGGCAAACUGACGCUGCUAAAAGCGAUUGGGCAGCUGUGCGAGAAGGAAGGCAAGCGGGUCGCCUACGUCUCCGCCGACAACCAACGCGCCAACCGUCUAGACGGACUACUCAUUCACUUCUUUAUCGGUUUGCGUGUCAGCCGCGAUGAGCUGCCCUCACAGGAGCAGCUCGAAGGCACACUGGAGCGACACGUUCGCCUCGUCGAAUCCACCUACGCGAGCAGCUUACCCAGCCUGUGCAGCGUCGAUGUGCUGGUGCUGGAUGCGCUGGAGCGGGUGUCGCCAUCGAUUUUGCUCUCGAUGGACGCGGUGGCACGCCGACUGCGGAAUGCGCCGAAUGCACCCUUUGGUGGGCUACGGGUUUACGCCACGGCGGACUUCUGGCGCCUGCCCGUCACCCCCACCAGCGACACCGGCGGCUACCUCUACCAACUAGAGCAGUGGAAUGACUUCUUCCCGGUCCAGAAGCUGCUGCACACGACCCACGGGCAAGACAAGGAUCUGCAGCGCUUCACCGAGCUCGCCCUGUUCGGAGCGCUGACGCUGGAGGACAUGAAGGAGAUGGAGGCGAAGUCGAUGGCGGGGAAGCCGGAGGCGGAGCUGAUGUCGUGGACCAGCUCCACUACGCAGGUGGAUGACAAUCGAAGCAGCAGCAGUGGCGGCCACAGCGCAGAGAACGACGGCGAGAGCGCAGAGGUGGAUGCGAUGAGUGUGGCGCAGUUGACAAGUUUUGGGAACGACUUGGAGCUAGACGGGGCCGACGAUGAGGAAGGAGAGGAGGGGGCGCUAGGGGCAGGCGAGCACACCUACACGCGGAGGAAAACGGCGAAGAGGAGGAGGGGGAUAGGUCUAGCUGAUGCCCCGGGGGGCACCACGAGCCGCGGUAGUGGCACUUCUUCUUCCUCGACCCUCUCGUUGCUGAACGACGACAUCCUCUCCAGCGGUGCCGUCGUCACCCGCAUGCUCCCACGCUUCCCGCGCCAGCCCGCCAUCAAGGUACCACCGAAGCGGAGCAUUCAGUUCAAGCGCACCGAGGUGGGCAGCUUUCUUGUUACGAUGCUCGCGCAGUCCUCCACGCCUGCCUCCUACGGCCUUGUUGACGCGUUGAGCGUGGACGUGGGAGACAAGGUGCAUCUGCUGAUGGAUGGGCAAAAAGACUACGGUGUAGCGGGCGGUGCGGUGGGGGAGGUCAUGCAGGUGCGUCCACACUACCUAUCCAUUCACUUCCCACGAGAGCACCGUACGAUUGACCUGCCACGAACACGCAUCUCGUGCUACCAUCCGCAGUACCCCGAGGUGCGCUAUGAGCUGCAGCAGUUCCCGGUGUUUCCGCGGCAACGCAUCUGUCCUCUGAACAUUCUAGCCUUUCCGAACACGUACCACGUGAACCUGAACGGGCGCCGCAUGGCUGAUACAAACGACUUGGGCAACCUCCUCGCCCACAUGCGAGACUUCAAUGACUUCACUCUCCGAAACACCUCCGACUUCGCGCACUUAGACGGCAUGGUGCACGAGCCCACGCGCAUCUACUACCGCCAGAUCAGCGGCAAACCGGUCACCACCGCGAAGGAGCAGUGGUGCCGCAACUGCAAAGUAUUCGUUCCCGCCGCGUCUUUCUUCCAGCAUUGGACCGCGUGCGUGCGAGCGGUGCGGUGGUGCGGCGAGUGUAACAAGACCGUUCCGCUGGCGUUGCUGGGGCCACACCAGGAGAAGCAUCAGGUGGUGCUCUGCCUGGACUGUGGGCGCGGCGUGGAGUGGCGACACUGGGAGGCGCACCGCCUCUCCUGCGGGGACAUGAUGCGGGAGGUGAGCGCGGACAAUCAGUUUAUUCCACUCCGCACCCGUCAGCGGGCGCUGGAGCUGGGUCUUGACAAGCGCGACCUGCACAGCAUGCGCCGUUUAAGCCGCUGCCACCUGCCCAAGCCGCGGAGUGCCUUCAACUGA